CUCCACAUCUCCACAUCUCCACCUCGCCCCAGCUCCCCAGCUCCACAUCUCCCCAGCUCCCCAGCUCCACAUCUCCACAUCUCCCCAGCUCUACAUCUCCCCAGCUCCACAGCCCCACGCCCUCACUCCCCAUCUCGCCAGCUCCACAGCUCCAUGCCCUCGCUAUCCAGCUCCACAUUUCCCAGCUCCACAGCCACCCAGCUCCACGCCGUCACUCCCCAGCUCCACAUGUCUCCAGUUCCACAGCCCCACGCCCUCACCCCCCAGCUCCACAUCUCCCCAGCUCCACAGCCCCACGCCGUCACUCCCCAGCUCCACAUGUCUCCAGCUCCACAGCCCCACGCCCUCACCCCCAGCUCCACAUCUCCCCAGUUCCACAGCCCCAUGCCCUCACUCCCCAGCUCCACAUCUCCCCAGUUCCACAGCCCCAUGCCCUCACUCCCAGCUCCACAUCUCCCCAGCUCCACAGCCCCACGCCCUCACUCCCCAGCUCCACAUCUCCCCAGCUCCACAUCUCCCCAGCUCCACAGCCCCAUGCCCUCACUCCCCAGCUCCACAUCUCCCCAGCUCCACAGCCCCACGCCCUCACUCCCCAGCUCCACAUCUCCCCAGCUCCACAGCCCCACGCCCUCACUCCCCAGCUCCACAGCCACCCAGCUCCACGCCCUCACUCCCCAGCUCCACAGCCACCCAGCUCCACGCCCUCACUCCCCAGCUCCACAUCUCCCCAGUUCCACAGCCCCACGCCCUCACUCCCCAGCUCCACAUCUCCCCAGUUCCACAGCCCCACGCCCCUCACUCCCCAGCUCCACAUCUCCCCAGUUCCACAGCCCCACGCCCUCACUCCCCAGCUCCACAUCUCCCCAGCUCCACAUCUCCCCAGCUCCCACAGCCCCAUGCCCUCACUCCCCAGCUCCACAUCUCCCCAGCUCCACAGCCCCACGCCCUCACUCCCCAGCUCCACAUGUCUCCAGCUCCACAGCCCCACGCCCUCACUCCCCAGCUCCACAUCUCCCCAGUUCCACAGCCCCACGCCCUCACCCCCAGCUCCACAUCUCCCCAGCUCCACAGCCCCACGCCCUCACUCCCAGCUCCACAGCCCCAUGCCCUCACUCCCCAGCUCCACAGCCCCACGCCCUCACUCCCCAGCUCCACAUCUCCCCAGCUCCACAGCCCCACGCCCUCACUCCCCAGCUCCACAUCUCCCCAGCUCCACAUCUCCCCAGCUCCACAGCCCCACGCCCCUCACCCCCAGCUCCACAUCUCCCCAGUUCCACAGCCCCACGCCCUCACCCCCAGCUCCACAUCUCCCCAGCUCCACGCCCCACGCCCUCACUCCCCAGCUCCACAUCUCCCCAGCUCCACAGCCCCAUGCCUCACUCCCCAGCUCCACAUCUCCCCAGCUCUACAUCUCCCCAGCUCCACAGCCCCACGCCCUCACUCCCCAGCUCCACAUCUCCCCAGCUCCACAGCCCCAUGCCCUCACUCCCCAGCUCCACAUCUCCCCAGCUCCACAUCUCCCCAGCUCCACAGCCCCACGCCCUCACUCCCCAGCUCCACAUCUCCCCAGCUCCACAGCCCCAUGCCCUCACUCCCCAGCUCCACAGCCCCACGCCCUCACUCCCCAGCUCCACAUCUCCCCAGCUCCACAUCUCCCCAGCUCCACAGCCCCAAGCCCUCACACCCCAGCACCACAUCUCCCCAGCUCCACAGCCCCACGCCCCUCACUCCCCAGCUCCACAUCUCCCCAGCUCCACAUCUCCCCAGCUCCACAGCUCCCAUGCUCCUCACUCCCCAGCUCCACAUCUCCCCAGCUCCACAGCCCCACGCCCUCACUCCCCAGCUCCACAUCUCCCCAGCUCCACAUCUCCCCAGCUCCACAGCCCCAUGCCCUCACUCCCCAGCUCCACAUCUCCCCAGCUCCACAGCCCCAUGCCCUCACUCCCCAGCUCCACAUCUCCCCAGCUCCACAGCCCCACGCCCUCACUCCCCAGCUCCACAUCUCCCCAGCUCCACAGCCCCACGCCCUCACUCCCCAGCUCCACAUCUCCCCAGCUCCACAGCCCCACGCCCUCACUCCCCAGCUCCACAUCUCCCCAGAUGGAAUUGAAUUGACAGUUUGCCACCAGUCCUGUCUGACUGUUGUGAAGGACUUCUUCACUUCUCUUUUCUCCAGGCCUCAGAGGCACACAGGCCUGCCCAGAAAAUUACAAUGGGGAAUCUAA